AUGGAAGCGGAAGCAAGCAGUUCGGGUAACUCAACAACAAGCGAAACUGUUCAAACUGAGCCACCACCAUCGGUACAGCCUUAUGAAGUAAACUCGAUGAUACUUUGCAGCCAUACCGAUAAUCUUUUUUAUGAAGCCAAAAUAAUCGCUGUAAAAAUGCAACCAAAUGGAGACUAUAUGCGAAAUAUUGAAAGCAUCAAUGUGAUUAGUGAAUCCUAUUGUCAGGGAUGGAGCAAACGGUAUGAUGAAAAUAUCCCACACAGCAGGUCUGCAUCACGAUUUCGUCCUUUUACACCGGACAAUAUUGAACUUGCAAAGGUUGAAAUGAAAGAAGCGAAAGCUCGAGCUGCUGAGAUGAUUAAAAAAAAGAAACCACAAAAGGCAGAAAUUCGGCGUGGGCGUUCAUCCUUACAGUUAUCAGAGUCUUCUUCUAGUAAGGGAACUUAUGUGUCUCGAGAUGUUAAAUCCCUAGUCAAUCACAGUGCUCUUGGGAGCAGCUCGACGGAAAGUUUAUCGAGAAGUCCAUUCAUAAAUGAGGCGGUAUCAGUUCCAGAAAAGCUGAAAGCUCUACUAGAAAAUGACCGUCAUUUGGUUGAAAAUGAACUGAAGUUACCGCGCCUACCAUGCCGCUUGACUGUUUCAAAGAUUAUGAAGGAGUAUGUUAUGCACGUGCGUAAAUUGGAUGCUGUAUGCUCGGAAGUUAAAGUACAUAAAGGACGAGCACGUUAUUGGAAGGGUGUUGUAGCUGCGUUAGAUGAAUGUGCAGAUAAUAUGAAAAGUUUUUUCGAUCUGGUUAUAGCAUCUGAUAUAUUGUAUCCAAACGAAAAGUUGCGUCAUAAGGACUUGACUGAGGAAGGUUCAGGAAUAAUUCAUCCACACAGUAUAUCAGAUCUUUUGAAUGAACCAAAGAGAAGACUUCGUGCGUCGGAAUAUUAUGGUUUUAUUUAUUUGCUUCGACUUCUUAUUAGGUAUAUGUUAUGUGACAACGAUUCGAAAGAGAUUUUGACUGCUUUUGUCCAGUCAUUUGUUCGUUAUUUGGGAAGUAAUUCUGAGAAAUUUUUCAAUCCAGAGUUGGACUAUGAAACCAUCACUCAAGAAUACAAACUGCGUCUCCAGCAAAAUUCUAAACUUUAG